CAAUCUCUCUGUCUCUCUGAGCCUAACUCGGUUUCCCUCCAAUAAUGUUGCAUUUUUUUCCAACAUAAACAAUCACCCUCCCUUUCCUCACCACCGCUCCCCAUCUUCACAUGGCGGAGCGGGCCGACCCUUCUGUCGACGAUCAUGACUCUAAACCAUCAGCUGAUAAACCAGAAAAUAAUAUUCAUGACUCUAACCCAUCAGCUGAGAAACCAGAAAAUAAUAAUCAUGACUCUAACUCAUCAUCUGAUCAACCAGAAAACAAUAAUCAAUUAGCUCCACCUGCCUUUCGUUCUGCGACCUAUGUUGUUCAGGUCCCUAAAGACCAAAUCUUUUGUGUUCCGCCUCCUGAGAAUGCCGUUCUAGCUGAACGCCGUGGAAACCCUUUUCGCUGCAGUAAAGGGAAGAAGCCCCGUCGUCGUCGUCCUCGUUGUUGCUUGUGUUUUUCUGUCUCUGUAGUUCUUCUUGUCCUUGUUCUUGCUCUAAUUGCUGCAGUUGUCUAUGUCUUGCUCACGCCUAAGGAUCCUACUUUUCGCGUUGAACGUGUUGUUGUCAAGAAUAAUACACGUCCAGAUUAUGGCAUUACGAUUAGAGCCAAAAAUUCGAAUGAAAUAAUGAGCAUUGAUUACAAGGCAGGUGGUGUUGCUUCCCUUUCUUUUAAGCAACGAGGAAUUGCUAAAGGAAAAUACCCAUCUUUCAAGCAAGACAGCAAAAAGUCAACAUCAUUUCAUGUAGAUUUUCAUGGCUCAAACAUUGUAUUGCCUAAGGAGAUUGAGGAAAGCAUGAAAAGCCAAAAGCCAAAAAUCAAAGUUUCUUUGUCUCUAAAGAUGGAUGUACAUGCAAGAAUUAGAGUUGGGGCAUUACAUUAUGGGAGCGUGAAAUUCGUUGCUGCUUGUGAUUUCACGGUGGAUACAUUGGCUAAGAAUUCUCGUAUCCUGUCACAGAAAUGUCAUACCUAACGCCAACUCUAGAGGGGACAUAGGUAGGAAUGAGUAGGCGAUCAUAGAAGUCUUUCUGAUCAUUUCAAGAAUUAAUUUUUUUGGUCAUCUAUACAUUUUUGUUUGCUUUUGAAUUGAUUUAAAUUUUUUUUUUUAAUUAUUUCCCUGAUCAUUUAUAGGCUGGUGAUGUAAAGAAAUAAUUUGUGACCUUGUUAUUAUAAUUUUUCUGUCCCUAUCCUGAAAUUGUAUCAUGUAACAGUGUGAUAAAAACAAGGGUGGAGAGGCAUUCUCUUUGGUUUUUUUUUGGCUUCCCUAUUCCUCAUUUCACAAUAUCCGGGUGCUGUAGAGUUUUCUAAUAAUUCUCUUGCCAAUGUAAACAUUUUUGUGCAUGUGCAUUUGAAAUAUUUUUUCACCUGGUGGCUGCUUCUCUCUAGUGGAUUGGCUCGCUCUUCAGUUGUGCAUUUUUCACUUCAGUUUCAAGUUUCCAGAGAUCAAUUUUGUGGCUAACCGUGAAGAAGUGGUGGUACAUAAACAAACGAAGUGGGAAAUUCUACUAAGCAAUGUAAUUGUACGUACAGGUCAGA